CUUCUCGGCCGAAACAGCAGAUGUGGAGAGCCGCGCUCAAAUUGACUUGGGAAAUCAGAGAUGAGGAUGAGUUGAAAAACGUGGGCUCAUCUUCAGUGCCAUGAGGGAGAGAUACCGGUCUCAUUCUCGGUAUGAUCUUCGGAUUUUCACCGAAUUCAUCUUCAUCGUUGGAUUGAUAAGUGCUUUGUAUUUGGUGGAUGCCGCAUCUAUACGUUGUUGCAGCUACGCAAAUGGCUCGUGCAGAUCGGCUUGCGAACAGUUAUCUUUGGUGUCAAUGGCAACUGAUCAAAUGGAACUGGAAGUCAGUCUACAGAAACUAAAUGACCUUUGCCUUAGACCUUACAUGAUUUCCUUCUGGAACUGCAUGAACGAAACGUUAGAAGAGGUGGACAAAGGGAAAGGAUGGAUUGGCCGACCCUGCUGUCGGAUACCUCAAUCUGAAAAGUGCAUGAGAGCUUGUUUGCAGGCGCAGUCUUUACUCGAUCUCACAUCUUCGUGUCGGAGAAGUGAUGAGAUUGCUUUCUACACCUGCAUUGAAAGGCAAGAAGCUGGAGAACAGUGCUGUAAAAAUGCUCAAACAAGUAACUGCCACGAAGCAUGCAAAGAUGUUUUCGUGGGUUCCUUUACUCCUACCAAAGCUGUGCGAGAAGCCGUCCAUAGAUACUGCUCUGAAGGAAAUCCAAAGAUCCAACAGUGUGUUCAUUCCUACAUUCAUGUUACUCCAGCCGAUCACCCAUUUAGAAAUAUGCAUUGUUGUGAUCGAUCACCUUCUACUCAGUGUCGAGCUGCUUGUAAGGAAACUCUAAGAACAGAGACAACAACUCAGGAAAUCGUGGACGGACUUACUCGAGGAGGAUGCGGUCCGCCUCUUCCACAGGAUCGAUUAUGGCAAUGUUUUUUGAUCAAUUCUGCUGCUAAUGAACCUGGAGGCUCUUUGAUACAGUCUGAAAAAGUGGGAAUGGACAGUGCCAAAUUGCAGUGUUGUUUCAGAGCGGCCACAAUCAACUGCCAACGAUUAUGCAUCGAAACAUUUAGUAAUCAGUGGACCAGCAGUUGGAAUGACUUUGAUCGUUUGUGUCAGUAUCAACUUGCAGAAUCAGAAAUGACUCGAUGCUUAACUGAAGUUGAUGAGCCAUGUGAAUUGGGCUGUGAAGGCCUGGGCUACUGCACCAACUUCAAUUUUCGCCCUACCGAGCUAUUCCGCAGUUGCAAUCAGCGAUCUGAUCGGGCAGCCCAGAACGAUGUAGAAUCCUGGGAAAAUGGUAUUAUCCACCUCCCAAUGAUGGAGAUACCUGUCUUGAAGAUAUCUCAAUGCUAUUCAGAAGUAUGGAAAGCUAUCGCUUGUGCGCUACAGAUCAAACCAUGUCACAAUGAAGCUCAUGUCAAUAGAAUAUGCAAGGCUGAUUGCAUCGAUAUUUUGAACAAGUGCGUGGACCGCAGCCGUCUGAAACACAACCAAAAUCCUGUUACAUUGUGUGAGAUCUUGUCGCCUCCAGGGAAUGAUACACCUUGUAUAUCUUUAUUGCCUUAUCUGGUCAAAAGCAAGUACAUCCAAGAAGCAUUAGAAAUUACGCAUCCCUGUAAGCCAAAUAAAUGUAAAGGUCUUCAUGAUGUGUGCAUGGUGGAUAGAAACUGCUUAACUCAUCAAAAAUGCAAUCAGUAUGCUUGUGUCCCAGGUUGCAGAAUGGGAGAUAUGUCACAACUCAUAGUUCCAAGGAAUUCUUUUGUACGUGUUCCUAGCAAUACACACGGACCUCACUGUCAUAUGGUUUGUUAUUGCAACCCUGAAAGUGUGCUAGAAGAUUGUAUGACACCUUCUUGUAUUAGCACUGAUCAUUGUUGGCAUGAAGGAAAGCGAUAUAAUCACAAUACAUUGUUUGUUGAUGGCUGUAAAACUUGUUUUUGUUAUGAUGGGGAAGUAACCUGCUCUCCAAAACAAUGCAAUUCAGGUCUACCCUGUAAUUGCCAAGAUCAUUAUGUUCCUGUAUGUGGUGCUAAUGGCAAAACGUAUCCAAGUGCUUGUUUGGCUAGAUGUAAAGGUCUUACUGAUGAUCAGUUUGAAUUUGGUGCCUGCUAUGAUUCUGAUCCAUGCAGUCCAAAUUCCUGCCAUCCUUAUCACAGAUGUGUCCCGAAAAAAAGGGUUUGUCUAAGUAUUAGACACAGAAGUUGCAAGCAAUAUGAUUGUGUUAACAUGCAACAUAACUGCAAUCAGCUACCUAAAUCACCAGUCUGUGAUACAGAUAAUGUUGAGCAUCCUAAUAUUUGCUGGAUGCUACAACGAAGAAAGGCUUUAGCAUACUAUGGAAAAUGUAUGUCUCAUUGUCGAGGCAAUGGAUUAGUUUGUGGUCACAAUGGAGAGACAUAUGCAAGUGAAUGUGCUGCUUGGGCUGAAAGAGUUUCAGUUGAUUACAAAGGUGCUUGUGCAGCUGUUGGAUCCAGACAUGGGAAAAAUUCUAGAUGUGCUGGCAUCAAAUGUUCACCUCUACCAUCAGAGCAUUGUACCAAAGUUUUUCCACCAGGAGGCUGUUGCCCUAUAUGUGGUGCAUCUCUCAGACUUCUUUACAGUCAGAAGUUAUCUGAUUGGUCAGUUGAAGCCAUCCGAGAUGUGGAUCCAGUAGUGAUUCAAACAAUUGCUGAAAAAUUCAGAGAACAUGUGAAAGUUACUGAAUGUGAUGUGUUUGCAUACUUAAGUCUGGAAUCAGACAUAAUUGUACUAGUCAUAGCUAUUAGUGAUAGUCCCACUAAGUUACAAGUUGAAGCCUGCAAUCGAGAAGCAGAAAAACUUCAAGCUUUAAUAAAGCAACAGAGUCCUACAUUGCUCACUGAACUGCCACUUUCAUUUUUCACAACUGCGAUAAUGAUUGAUCCAGUUUCAGAUAGCAGUGCUCAAAUUAACUUUAGUCUGUUUAAUUUAUUUGUUAUUUCACUAUUUACAUCCAUUUACUUACACAUACAAAGGACAUUAUAAAAUGUAUUUUAGAAAUUUUAAUUUUUUUAAUGUAUAAAUGUAUAUAAAAAGAUCAAGAGUGUAAAUAAUAUAUUUAAUGAUUUUUUUUUGUGUUAAAAAAUUGUAUUCUAGUGUGUUCAUGCAUGUUACAAAUUAUCAUGUGAUAUAAAUAAAUUAUUUUUUACAUCUGCUGAA